AUGGAGAUGAAUUCAUCAUGCAGCAUGAAGAGGGCACUGUUGCUGGUUGCUGUUGCUAUUGGGUUGUAUUUCAUGAAGCCAGCCGAAGGCACAAGGACGAUAAUGAUAAUCGAUAUAACUCACACGUAUUAUAAUGUCAUCCCUAUUUUUAACAAUCCAAAUGGAAGCAAACCGAUAAUCCACGAUCAAGAUAGGGACGGAUUCCAAACUGGUUACUAUACCGUUGGAACUCACUUUGGCACCCACGUUGAUACUCCUCAACACUUGAUGAGCUUGAUAGAUAACCCCAUCUCCGUCCCUACUCUUGACCUUCAAACUCUAAUUGGUUAGAUUCUCUUACUUUUCUUUUUUUUUUUUUUCAAAAAUUAAUACAAUUUGAACUAAAAAUGAAAGCCCAAACUGGACAAUAAUUUUGGAACGGAGGGAGUAUUUUUUUUUCAUGUGUUUCGUGUUAAUAACUUCAGUCCAUUUUUUAACAUUAUUUGUGAGGCCAAUUUUCGGGUCCUCUCUGCUUGACCACAAACAAUGAAACUAGCACCUAAUUGCAUGUGAUUUUAAUUAAUAACAAGACACAUAAAGGCUGCAAAACCAAACACGUAUUAUAAUAGCUCCUUUCCUAAGCCACACG